CUUAUUUGCCUGGCGCUGAAGUUGAAGACGCGGAGACUAGACACUAGUGCGGUGGUGAAGAAGUGGGAAAAUUAUCGGAAACAUUGUGGAAGUUGAAAAACAAUCUGCCUAUCAGGCGCAGUCUUGGCUUUAUAGACUAGGCUACAAGUUAUCUGAGCUACGCAUACAGAGAAGUUAAACAAAACUUUGGCGAAGAUGUCUGUGGCUGGCUUUAAGAAACAGUUUUAUAAAGCAAGUCAGAAGGUCAGUGAGAAAGUGGGGACUGCAGAAGGAACCAAACUCGAUGAAGACUUCAAAGACCUUGAGCGUAAGGCAGACAUCACAAGCAAAGCCAUACAGGAUGUCCUCGCUAAAACCACAGAGUUCCUCCAGCCGAACCCAGCAUCUCGGGCGAAGCUUUCCAUGAUGACCUCGGUUUCAAAAAUCCGGGGCCAGGCCCGCAGCACAGGCUACCCACAGGCAGAGGGGCUUCUGGGAGAAUGUAUGAUGAAGUACGGCACUGAGAUGGGAGCCAGCACCAACUUUGGGGGUGCUCUCCUUGAGGUUGGCGAGUCAAUGAGGAGAUUGGCUGAGGUGAAGGACUCUUUGGAUAUUGAUGUCAAGCAGAACUUCAUUGACCCGUUCCAGACCCUAGUGGACAAAGACCUGAAAGACAUUCAGCAUCACCUGAAGAAGAUGGAGAGCAGGCGGCUGGACUAUGAUUACAAGAAAAAGCGCCAAGGGAAGAUCCCGGACGAGGAGCUCCGUCAGGCAAUGGAGAAGUUUGAGGAGUCCCGCGAGGCAGCAGAGAGCAGCAUGCACAACCUGCUGGAGACUGACUCUGAACAGGUCAGUCAGCUGGCAGCCCUGGUGGAUUCCCAGCUGCAGUAUCACAAACAAGCCACUCAAGUCCUGGAGGAGCUUACUGAAAGGAUGAGGGAAAGGGUGAACGAGGCGCAGUCCCAGCCCCGUCAGCCCCGUGCUGUGCGGCCCAGGCUGGCCUACAGCUACUCAGAAGAGGAUACCUCCAACGGGGGCUACGCCCCCACGGCUGCACCGCCCACUUACGCUCCAGGGUACAUGGGGGCAGCACCUCCCUCCUUCAACAGAAGCUCUGUGCGCCAGCGCUCGACAGAGCCGCCAUGCUGCAAGGCCCUGUAUGACUUUGAGCCAGAGAAUGCCGGCGAGCUGGCCUUCCAGGAGGGGGACGUCAUAACGCUGACCAAUCAGAUCGACGAGAACUGGUUCGAGGGCUUGUUGCGUGGCCAGUCAGGUUUCUUCCCCUGCAACUAUGUGGAGGUGGUGGUGCCUCUGCCACGCUAAUGGAGAGAGAGUGGCGGAGGAGGGGAGUGGGAGGAGGAGUGGAGGUUGGAGGUGUACAUCCUAUUAUAUCUGCACUUUGCCACUUCAAAGACAAAACAUUACAAUCCCAAAAAAUAUCUAACUAUUGGUGUCUUUUCAUGAACAAAAUGUCGUUUGGUGUUUUUAGUGACGUGGGUGAGGGUAUUCUGCACCAAUGUUAACCAAUAUUAAGUGUCACCUGAAAUGUUCAGCAAUAUUUUACCAUUGAUUACUUUUACAUGCUGCUAUUAUUUCUUGCGAGUUGGCUUAUCAUUCUUUAUUUACACUCUUGUUUUUUUUUUUUUUUCAAAAACACUUUUAGUAUUUAUCUAAUUUCUAACUCACACCUGCACUACUGUUCAUCCUCUCAUCCUUUUUUGCAAACGACUACCUCCCUCUAGUGGCCAAAUUUAAAAGUGCAGCAGGGACGUAGACUCACAACAGGAAAACAAUGAGCAGCUGUCUAAUAAUUUACUCAUUCACAUGACUCUACCACUCUGCAUCUCCGUACACUGUACAGUUGUUACAGAUUUUGUGACACAACUCUGUAUUGCAGAUUUUAUCUUAUAUAGAGAGUCAGAUGCGUGUUUGGUGUAUUUUUUUUAAAAAAUAGUUAGUCUUGAAAGCGAAGGAACACUACUUCAGAAUUGGUUAGGAAAUGAUAACCUGGUUAAAUGUAGUCUCUGUUACCUUGAGUCGGUCAGUUAGACAGUGGUGGGAAUGAGUCUGUCCUUCUCAGCCGGAGUGACUCACGCCCCUCUGGGUGCUGCAGUGUUUGACUGCGUCUAGCCCGGCGUGGCCUGCGCCUGCUGCUCCUGCUGCUGCAAGACUGCAGCCUCACAGGCCAGCUCCUAUCAGAAUGCAAGCAGGCUGAGUCACAGCAGAGCAGCUGCUGUAGUUUAAUUUCUCUCUCUCUCUCUUUCACACUUUGCCUGUACUCUCUCUUUUUUGCUCUUGUGUGCUUUUUUGAGCAAGGAGGCAAAGCACACAAAACAAGUGGAUAAAAGCAAAACAGAAAGGAGAUGGUGGAAAUGGUUUAUGCAGCUUUUUUUUUGACAAUCCAUAUCAGCAUUUUUAUGAAGGGACUAAGAGGACAGAGCUUAGGUAGAUUGAGAAAGCAGAACAAGCUUUUUGGAGAGCCAUGAUUUCGGGCUGUUUGAAUGAAUCCCAUGCGUGAUCAGUCAGCCCCCUCUGCUCCAGGUCCCCUGUUUUUAAUAUGAAUAUGAGCUUCUCUCCUGCCCUGCUCUCUGUUCAUGGCCAAAUAAGCUUCAUUGGCGUAGCUUUCCCACAGCACUGCCAGUGGCCUUGUGAAAAUGAUAAUUUGAUACUCAAAUAAUAUGUUGGUGAAUGACAAUAGAAAGGGAAUAGGAAGCAAGGCAGAGCCUCUGUUUCGGCUAUUUAGCCCUCUCAUUUCUGAACAUUUUGAGCUUUAGAACAUUUGUCUUAUCAAUAGGGACACACUUAACCUAACCUAAAUGUUUACAUAUGUCCCUAUUGUUAUUUAUGCUGUGUGUGUGUGCGUGCGUGCAUGCACGUUUGUUUGUUUGUUUGAUUUGUGUGUGUGUGUGUUUGUUUUCUGUGUUUUUUUCUGAAGUGAUCAAUAUCAUCUCAGAGCUUGCUCAGCAUGUAGUUGGCUUUUAAAUCCACCUUGCAGUUUAUGCUUGCCUGCAUGUUUCUGCAUGUAUCUGCAAGGCCUUUGGCAUGCGUCUGUUUCAGCAGUUGUGCUGUUCUUCUCAGUAAUGCCAUAAAACCAUAGGGAAGUGCAGAUGAUGGGUCUCACUCUGGUUAUUUGGUACACCGCUCUUUAUAUUAGCAGGAAAUCAGCUUAAAGGGUCCUGGGUUGAAGGUUGUUUUCAUUAUGCUGUAGACUUUUCAGAUGUCUUAUAAUGUGAAAAAACUGAAAACCACUCAUGAUUUACAUGUAUGACCACACUAAACCCAAGUACUUGCAUGCUGAUACUAGGGUAAUGUUAUAGGUAUUACACUUUUGUGGGGACCAUAACAUUUUAUUAAACAGUUAAACAACAUCCAAAUGUUGUGUGUAUUUAGCAUUCCUAGAUACUCUAUUAAUGACAAUGUUACAUAGAAAAUGUUAUUCAUGUUACUAAUGAUUUUCACUAUAGCUGUGGUGUGUUUUGGUUGCACAGAUAUUUGUAGGCUACAAUCUGUGAAAUGUUUUUAUUUACACAUUGUAUAGGGGCAAUUGAAUCAUGAAAUAAAUACAGAUGUACUUAAAUGUCUUGAUUAUA